UUUGACGUGGCUGUACCGAUGUAUGUGUCGGGUAGCAAACAGAAAUGUGACUAAUCUUGCGGGCCAGCUCCAGUUACUUCAGAGUUGGAUAUUCUGGCGGUUUCCGUCUCUUAGGCCGGCCGGGUUUGAGGUUUUCUCUUUCCCGCUGGCAUCAAGGUGGUCUGCCUACUUACCUCCUAAUGAUGGAAAGGAGCAGAGGGUCAUUAGGUAUCGGCUUGCAUUGGAUCGACUGACCGCUCGUGAUAUUGUGUGGGAGCCCUACUCCGCGCUUGAUGUACUUGCCGUGGUCCAUCCAGAGAUACUUACAGAGGAGCACAGCCGCAUGUGGCGAGCCGUGACUGCCUUGAUAUACUUUGCGGUCAUCGAGUGGCAUCAGGUUGACAGGGUUGUUCCACAGCUGGGUGGAGUACAACAUACCCCCGAGUGUGCCGUCGAUGCUUAUCAGCGGCUUACAGUGGCGGAAAGCCUCAAUACACGGAGGAAACGUCCAGAACAUCCGAUGAAAGAAAACUCUAUCCUCGUCAACUUGGUCACCCACCCUAACCGGGGACGUCUUCAAUAGAGCAAUCGAACCUUCCAUCGUGCAUGUGACUCCAAGGAUCCACCGAGGCAGAUCUGCAUAUGACUCCUCCCAAUCACCAUAUAUUUGCGCUACUGCCUUCUGCUUCGCCAACCACACCUUCCGAUAACUAGGCAUGAAUCCAUAAGUCGCCUCCGUGGCCUCUUGCAACACCUUAAUAGACACCGACGCAUCAGCUCGAACCAAUGGAUAGAUCCUCGCACAGAUAACAUGAUAAUCAAGCUGCUUGUGGUCGCUUGAUAUCGAUGUGGCCAUACACGUGUGCGGACCGUUGUACCUCCUAACCUCCCAUGUGCCCUUCCUUUUCCGCAUGACUAUCCGAAUCAACCACGUGCACCCGUUACCAAACUCCUUGCAUCUCCCUUGGUAUUUCAGGUUGUCGGACUCCAUAACCUUGUACUCAACUCCACGCCGAAUACUGUAAUCCUUCACACUCAACACGGCUUCCUCUUUACUCUGGAAGGAUUGGCCAAUCUGAAAUUCAGACAUAUUUGUCCCAUCAUGCAUCCCCUGCCCCUCGAAUGUUGCAUCUGCAUUCUGCUGUUGGCCGAUGGCUUCCAAGUUCAAAGAAGAGAGGUGGGGAGGGUACUCCUGUGUUGCAG